AUGUCGACCCAGGGUUCAGGCUGGCGUAUCACGCAGAGCUCACACCGCUACCCGGAUUGUGGAUUGGGUGACGGUUUGAUUAUCGUGGUUCGAAGAAUCUCGCUGUGUGAACCUCAUGUCACCCCCAACGGAUAUCGCGGCUGGUGGAGCAUGUGGGGUUUCCAACCGAAAGUCCAACAACGCACUGUACGACCGGACUUAGGAACCACUCAAAGGUUGUAUCCAGGCCAAAAUGGGAUUGCGAAUAGUACCCAAGCCGGACGGAGUUUUGUGAGAGAACAAUAUCUGGCCCAAUGGAACCAAGAAUUCACUGAAAGAUUCGUCUCUAAACAGAAGAUGAUAAACUAA